AUGGCGCCUUACUUACCCCAAACCGAUCACUCCGCUUCCCACAGUUCCCUCGUCUCAUCUUUCAUCACCCAACUCGAAAUGAUGGUGGGCCAAUUUGCCGUGGGCGACUUUUCUUCGUCAAGGGAGCGCCGUCGAGGUCGCAGUCCCUCGCGGCGCAAGCCUCUCCCGUAUACUUCCCGAGUCCUGCACCGCUGUGAUGGCAAUUCAAGUAUUCGUUCAAGCAUCGAUAAUGGAGCCGGCUCGCUGUGCUUGGAUUAUCGGGACUUGCAUAACCAAAUUGCCACGGUCGAGAUUGAUCCCGAGGGAGACGUAUUACUCAUUAUGGGUGAGAGUUGCGUUGAGAAUAAGACGAAGACUGAGCCUGAGCCCGAGCCGGAGCAGAUCACCCUUAUGACCUUCAAAGUUUGCUCCAGGACGAUAUCCCGCGCCUCAACUCCAUUGAAAGAAAUUAUCCUCAUGGAAGGGAAGAAAGUGGACAUAAACAACGAACGAUGGAUCGUCCACCUCCCAGACGACCUACCAAAACCAUUCGCCACCCUCCUGAAAAUCAUGCACGGCUACUUUGAUCAAGUCCCCGUUGGUAAUCCCCACACAUACGGCGAGAUCUAUGAAAUCGCGGUCCUCGCGGACAAAUACGAUGUAGCGCGGCUACUUCGCCCCUGGGCAUCUCAAUGGAUCAAGAGCCUGGGCACCCAGCUGGAAGACACCGACGUCAACGCCAUCGAGUGUCUGGAGCGUCGAUCGUGGAUUGCGUGGGUGCUCGGGGGAAAGGAGACGUUCUGUCGUUCGCUUUAUGGGCUCGCCAUCCGCGCAUGCAAUGAUGCCAGUCCCAAGGAAAAGAACAAGUCGAUUCAGCUCCAGAACCUCUUUCACGAGAUAAAAGAGCCGCCGGGAGCUUUGGAUGCCAUCACAGCCCUACGUCUCGAGAUCCUCGAAGCCAUGCUCAAGCCCUUCAGAGAUUCCGAACGAGCCAUCAUCGCGCAAGAAAACACGACCCCUUCCGGCUGUUUCGGCUGCGCAACGCACUCAGCCCGCUGCAACGACGUGAUGCUAGUUUCCGCGAUCCGAUGUCUGGCUAUCUCUGGACUGUGGCCCCUUCCCGAACCCUCCCAGAUCGAAGUGAGCGCCUGCUCAAUAGAGAAGCGGCUUCGAUCGCUGAACAUACUGGCACACCCACGACACGCGAAGUGUCAGCAGUCCUUGGAGUCGUUUUUGAAGAACCGGUGGCCGUCUCAGGGGCAUAGUCUGAGGAUAACAGAGCCGCAGCGGCGCCAUUUGGAGGCGCAGGCGAAGAAGACGGGGCUGGAGCAUGUGGCAUUUGAUGUAUAG